UGUUUUGAUUUAUUAAGACAGCCACAUGGGAGGGGACUCUGAGAAGAUAAGAGGAAAAACCGAAAAAGACCAGUAUUUUCCUGGUCGAGUUGGGUUUCGUCACGCUCCGCUUCCCCGACGGCGCGGCGCCAACACGAGAUCUCCUUCUGCUCCGCCCCCCGCGAUUCUUCGGGUGCGCGCUCUCGAUUCCCUUGCCUCGAUCGUCGCGCGGCGCCCCGCCAUGGGCAUGCUCCUGCUGAGCCGGCUCAUGCCCACCCGGCGGCCGCGCCGUCGCCGGCCACACAAAUCCCGCCGCAGCGGAUUGAUUGCUAAAUCGGCUAAAAGGAAGCGCUCACACUGCCAGCAAGAUGAUGAUGAUUCUCAGGGUGGUAAAAGGAUGAGAAAUUCGGUGCCAACCCUUCCAGAGGACAUCUGGUGUCAUAUACAUUCCCUGAUGCCAAUGCGAGAUGCUGCUCGUGUUGCAUGUGUGUCUCGUGCCUUUCUUAGUUCCUGGAGAUGUCAUCCCAACCUCACCUUUAACGAGCGUACACUGGGAUUAGAUGAAUAUGUUUUUGAAACAGAUUUCAUCAGCAAAGUUGACCACAUUCUUGAAAAACACUCUGGCAUUGGAGUGAAGACAUUCAACCUUCAAGUCCCCUAUGAGCUAGAUGUGUGUGAUCAUGUCGAUCAUUGGCUUCAGUUUGCUAUUACACCACGGAUUGAAGAACUCAAUCUUAUGCUGUAUGGAACCGUGCAAGAGUACAACUUCCCAUGCUCACUUCUAUCUGAUGGGAUUGCAAAUUAUAUUCGGUUUCUUGAUCUUGGCCAUUGCGCCUUCCGUCCCACAGUCGAGCUUGGUUCAUGGAGAAGCCUUAAAAGGCUAUGUUUGUCUUUUGUGCAUAUCACCGGGGAUGAGUUAGGGUGUGUUCUUUCUAAUUUGUUUGCUCUGGAGUGGUUGGAACUCAUAUAUUGUGAUAAGAUAGCUAGCCUGAAGAUACCUUGCACACUGCAGCAGCUCAGCUACCUUAAGGUUUCAGAAUGCAGCAGGAUGCGAGUUAUAGAGAGCAAAGCUCCAAAAGUAUCCAAUUUUUACUUCACUGGAUACAAGGUAAAACUUUCACUUGGAGAAUGGUUGCGAGUGAAGGAACUAUGUAUGCUCAGUUCACACCUUGUCUGUUAUGCCUGUGCCAAUCUUCCAUCCAUGAUGUCAAAUCUUGAAACUCUUUCUAUAUGUUCACUCGAUGAGGUGGUCAACACACCAAUGCUAACUACCAAAUUCCUCUACCUGAAGUACUUGAGUAUUUCUCUCUCUGGAUUGACUGUUUCGCCGUCUUAUGAUUAUUUUUCUCUGGUUUCCUUUCUUGAUGCUUCUCCUUUCUUGGAGACUUUCUUCUUGGCUAUAUCUAAGGAACAAAUGAAGCGUGAAUCGAAAUUCAGAGAUUCCUCACAUAUGAGGCAGAUUCAAGAACACCGUCAUGAGCACCUCAAAAGCGUGACGAUUAUUGGUUUCUGCUCCGCGAAGAGCUUGGUUGAGCUAACAUGUCAUAUCCUCGAGAACGCAGUAUCACUUGAGUGCCUUACACUGAACACAACCCUUGGCUUUGCUAGCCGUUCUGAACACAGUCCUGGUACAUGCUUUCCAAUGGGCAAGGCUGUUCUCAUGGGAGUACCUAAGGCUCUCUCAGCUAUCCAGACAUACAUUGUGGGGAAAGUUCCCUCCACAGUUAGAUUAAAUGUUAUGGAACCAUGCAACCUGUGCAAUGGUAUUGGGCAUUAGGUGUUAUCCGAAUUGUCCAUUGUGUAACUCUUCUGAUGAACCAUUCUCUGUUUCCUAAAUUAUCAGACUCGUUAAAUGCUAAAUUGUGUAGUUAUCAACACGAGUGGUUUGUUCUCCAGUAAUUUUUCAGUAACAGAGUGGUCUGCUAAUAGGGUGUAUUGCUAAACUGCUAAAGUGUGCGCUGUAAGUUGUUAGUAAAAAUAUAGAGUUAUCCUGAAGGUUGGA